CACGUGGUUCAGCUACCAGGGAAGCACUAGACCAGAAGCAGCAGGGUCGCUUCAUGGGCCGUACAGCUUAGAAAAGCCUUACAUAUACUUGCUUUAUCUAAAUCAGUUUCCUUUAUUACGCUCGAGGACAUUUCUCAUAAUGUCUUCGUUUAGGAAAGCGUUGAAAUCCCGACAGAAAAACCACCAUGAAAGAUCUCAGGUGAGCACUGCAAAACAUUUGGGAUUGCUGGAGAAGAAGAAAGACUACAAACUCCGUGCAGAUGAUUACCACAAGAAACAAAACACUCUUUCUGCCCUGCGAAAGAAAGCUCUGGAGAAGAACCCAGAUGAGUUUUACUUUAAAAUGAUCAGCUCUCAGCUGAAGGAUGGAGUUCACGUAGGGAAAAAAUCCAACGAGGAGGUGGAGGUGACAGAAGAGCAGAAGAAAGUGAUGAGGACACAGGAUAUAAAAUAUGUGGAGAUGAAAAGGGUUGCAGAGGCUAAGAAAAUUGAAAGGCUGAAAGGACAGCUCCAUCUUCUGGAUGCAGACAGCAAACAAAAAAACAGCCAUACAUUUUUUGUGGAUUCAAAAAAAGAAGUGCAGUCGUUUGACCUGGCAAACCACCUCAACACAGCUCCUGAGCUUGUGGACAGAGUGUACAACAGACCAACUCUGCAAACUCUGGAGACUAAGAGCAUUCAGGGAGCUGUAGAGCCUCACAGUAUGGAGAAGUUGGCCAGGCAGAGGAAGCACCAGUAUAAGAUCCUUUCCCAGAGGAUUGACCGAGAAAAGAAAAUGUUUGUCAUCAGCCAGAAGAUUCAGACCCGUAAGGAUCUACAGGAUAAAAACAAGAAAGUGAAGGUAAAAAAAGAGACUCCCAAUGCUGCAGCCAUCUACAAGUUUGAGGCCAAGAGAAAACGCUGAGAGGGGAGUAAUCAUCAACUCUGUCAGUGAGAUAAUGGUGAAAUAGUGGACCCUGAAAUAUUGUUGCACCUCUGCUGUUUUGUACAUAUUUAUCAAAGACUUUAGUCUAGUUUCUUUCAAAUAAAUGACAGAAUAACACAAAA